UCCUGCUUCUUCAGUAACAUGCUGCACAAUCCUGGUGACUACUCAGCUCUUGAGGAAUACUACCAGAAAAGACAGGCCAUGAUCCCUUCCAGCUGGGACACUCCACAGAAAUAUACUUCACCUCCAGUACUAAUUAAUAAAACAGUCUUUCGAGCUGAUGGUCAUGGUGAGGGAUUUGAAAAACUACUCCAACUAUAUGGCGAGCAGUUACUGGUAUUGUGGAGAGCCACAUUGCUUUGCAAACGCAUUUUGCUCUUCUCACCUCCUCCAAUUGGCAUGUUGUGCUCUAGAGUCCACUGUAUAUCUCUUCUUGGAUCACAUACUACGCCCGGUCUGCCUUCUCAGCUAUUACGUCCACUUUAUUAUGUCAACAUAGCAGAUGUAGAGACACUGCAAGAACAGCAUGCCUACAUAGCAUGCACAACUGAAAAGAUAUUUGAAGAGAAGACAGGACUGUUGGACAUCUAUGUGGAUAAUCAGAAUAUUCGCAUUCCUGGCUCAAUCCGUCACUUGCUGACAAUAACUACACAAGAUCGGAAACGACUGGCCCAAUUACAGUGUAUUGCUCGAAAUGCAAGGAACUCUGUACAAGAAUUCAUCAAUUAUUUCUCACAGUCAAAUAACAAGAUAUUUUCUACCUUGUAUAUGAUUAGUCAAAGUGAUGAUAAUGUAUUAAAAAGGCAUCACAUAGAAACUAUGGGCCUCCAUCCUCAACAUGAUAGAGGUUUUGUAUCAGAAUUAGCCUUAACUCAUGGUUUUGACAUAACGACAAGCAAGAAUUCAUGGAAGUGUUGCCCAUGUGACUAUUGAUUAAGAUGUCAAAUAGGAUACAAUUUGAAUAUCAUUAGGUUUGAAGAAGCAUUAGAUUUUGCAUUUAUUUAAGUUAAGUUGUAGCAUUAUUAGGACUCUCAUUAUGGAUAAGUUUUAUAAGAAACUGGAAUAAUAUAACAUUAAUAACCAGGGAUAAAAGUUGACACUGAUAGUGACUGUGAUAAAACUUAUAUUUUCUUUGUGCUGAGAAUCUAAAAGAAGUAAAUAAGAUUACAAAACAUGUGAUGACAAAAAAAGAAAACUAAAGUAAUGGAUGCCAGUUUAUUUAGUCAUUAUGUUUGGAAAUUGUUGAAUUGUGAUGAUUAACUCCUAACCUCCAGUGGAACUAACCAGUGACCUGCUCCCCCUUCAGGUUUUUUUUCUUAAAAUAUUUAUGGUCUCACCUUAGUGUCAAAGUUACUAGACCACUUGAGAAAUUUUUAUUAACCAUCAGAAAACAUGCAUAUCUUUUCUCUCAUCAUAACAAGUUGCUAAAUGUUGAAAGAUAGGAAUACUUCCAGAAUAACUAUUAUGCUAAAGCCUUUUUAGGGUGCAUGAGUGUCCUGCAUGGACUAGAGAUGAAAGGGUCCUGGUAGUCAGGCACAUAAGUUGCACAUAUUUUAUUUCCAUACAACUGAGUAGACAAAAAAGAUUUCUUGAUGCUAAUAUUAUCAAGGCAAGAAAUUUAAGAACUGAUUAAUUGUACAUCACUGUGAGGGCAACCAGAAAAUAUGAACAUAAUAACAUCAUCAAAGUGUUGGGGUUAGUAUUGUUAUAUGACACUAUACAUUUUAUGGUUAAAGUAUUGUUAAACUUCUAGGAGGUUUUGUGUGGAAUUUUUAUUAUUGAUAUUGUUGUCAUUAUUAUUUUAGAUGUUAACCCAAUCACCCCGGAUUUAUGUUCUGUCCCUUGUAGGUUUUUGUGAAUUUUGUACAUACAGAUGGCUCCACAUGUGCUCACCUCCAAGGGUCUAUCAGUAGCCAUACUGACUGAUCUUGUUUUCCCCCAUUCCUUGAAUGGCGG